UCGUGCCUGGGCUGCCUUGGCCCUUCUUCCGGCGCAUGCGCUCUUUUCCCUCCUCCUGUCAAGCGGACAAAAUGGCGGCGUCCUCUGUCUGUCGGGUCGCAGGGCGGGCCCUUUGGCGCGGGCCUCAGGCGCCGCCAGCCUUAUGGAGUUUGAUAAGAAGAGGAAGUACUGCGUCCUAUGCCCAGGUGCUGCAUAACUUACCUGAGACACAAGUCACUACACUAGACAAUGGUUUCCGUAUUGCUUCUGAGCACUCCGACCAGCCAACUUGCACAGUAGGGGUAUGGAUUGGGGUAGGAAGUCGGUAUGAAAAUGAAAAUAACAAUGGAGUUGGCAACUUUGUGGACCAUAUGGCUUUCAAGGGCACAAAGAAACGCCCAGGUCCUGAAUUUGAAAAAGAAGUGGAAAGCAUGGGUGCACAUCUCAAUAGCUAUACCUCUCGUGAGCAGACCGCCUUCUUCAUGAAAGCUUUAUCCAAAGAUUUGCCCAAAGCAAUUGAGAUUUUGGCUGAUGUAGUACAGAAUUGCAGCCUGGAAGACUCUCAGAUUGAGAAGGAGAGGAAUGUCAUCCUUCAAGAGAUGAAAGAAAUGGAUGCCUGCUUGUCAGACGUUGUUUUUGAUUACCUUCAUACUACAGCUUACCAGGGUACUGCUUUGAGUCGAACUGUUGAAGGAACAACAGCAAAUGCAAAGCAUUUGACACGUGCAAACCUAGCAGAAUACAUUGAGACUCAUUUCAAAGCCCCUCGCAUGGUCCUUGCCGCUGCUGGAGGGGUUGGUCACAAAGAACUUGUGGACCUUGCCAAGCAGCAUUUUAGCAAUGUUCCUUAUGAGUACAAGGAUGAUGCAAUACCCAUUCUUCCAAGAUGCCGCUUCACUGGCAGUGAGAUCCGAGUCAGAGAUGAUGCUUUGCCAAUGGCUCAUGUUGCUAUUGCUGUGGAGGGGCCAGGUUGGGCUAAUCCAGAUAAUAUUCCCCUUCUGGUAGCUAAUGCAGUGAUUGGGAGCUACGAUGUUACCUUUGGUGGUGGUAAGAAUCAAUCUAGCAAGCUGGCUGCAAUUGCUGCCGAGACACAGAUAUGCCAGAGUUUCCGAGCCUUCAAUACUUGUUACUCCGACACUGGGCUUUUUGGUUUCUAUUUUGUUUCUGAUGGCUUGCAUAUUGAAGAUACGUUGCAUUUUGCCCAGGGUGAAUGGAUGAGCCUCUGCACCAGUGUGACAGACAGUGAUGUGAAGAGAGCCAAAAACACCCUUCGAAAUUCCUUGGUGGCUCAACUGGAUGGUACUACUCCUGUAUGUGAGAAUAUUGGAAGUCAGCUGCUGAACUAUGGGCGACGGAUAUCACUGGCAGAAUGGGAUGCCAGAAUUUCUGAGGUUAAUGCCAAAACUGUUCGAGAAGUGUGUAGUAAAUAUCUUUAUGACAAAUGUCCAGCUGUUGCAGCUGUAGGUCCUGUUGAACAACUUCCGGAUUACAACCGUAUCCGCAGUGCUAUGUACUGGCUCCGUUUCUAGCCUGUGUUAUGCAGAAUGGAAAUAAGGCAAUGUGGAUCAUGAAAGAUGUGUCCUCCGGGUCUAUUCUUGUGGAUUUUUUGUGUGCCAGUGACAAGUUGGGUUCCAUAAUUCCUGUACAACAUUCUUCGUUGAAGUUAUGUAGGUAACAUAUCUGAGAGAGCUAAAUAAUAAAUUAAAUAAAUUAAAAUUAUAUCA